AUGAACAGGACACUGCAGAACACCAUGCGCAAACUGCUACGUGGCAUGCGACUACCCAACCACCAGUGGCCAGAGGCGAUGGACCACGCUGUCAUGCUGCACAACUUGCUGUCUUCGUCGUCACUCCCGAACAACGCAUCACCGCACCUGCUGUGGACAGGAAAACUGGGCAGCACAAAAAUGUUACGAGUUUUUGGGUGCAUGGUACAGUACCGACCCCCAGCUGCACGGGCCAGCCGAUUCUCUCAACGUGCACAAUGGGGACUACACCUGGGCAUCGAAAAGAACUACAACGCGUGGAAAAUUUUCAACGUCCACUCAAAGGAAACAGUACCAGCACGCGACGUCAUCUUCUACGAGCGACUCACCCUCGACUCCUACCUUGCCAACUUGGCAGAACAGCGAGACCUCACCAGUGGAUUCCGUGGAGACAGAGCCUUCGCUUCGGCAGCCGACGAAGCUGACCUGGACGAGCAGAACGUGGACGGAGCUUCGGAAGCAGCCGGACCUCUCCCUUACUGCUCCGUAGAUAUCCCAAUGGACGACGACAAUCCUCGCGAAAGCGUCAACGCCGAAGUCUUCUACGAUUUCGCCGACACCGGUUACGUUACACCUGCACGGGUUAACACCGACGAAGCAGGACGUAUAGGACCAAAUUUCUUACCGGAUCCUGAAGCAGGAGACGAAGCAGUUUAUCCCGAGGAUACCACACUCCCCCGCUACACACAGAGUGGACUGCAAAUCCUCGGCCUCGUCACCGCAGUCCACGGCACGACACCUCCUAAGGAGCCUGCGACAGUUCAACAGGCUCUGGGGGGGGAACAUAGGGAAAAAUGGCGUGAAGCCAUGGACAAAGAGCUGAAGGCACUAGAGGAGCGCAACACCUGGAAAGUCGUCCCUAUCGGCGUAGCACGAAACAAGACAAUACUCACUGGAAAGUGGGUCUUCCGUGUGAAAACAAAGGCUGACGGCACCAUCGACAAAUUCAAGGCGCGCUGGGUCGUACGCGGUUUCGACCAGGAGCAUGGACGGGACUUCACCAAAACGUUUGCUCCGGUUAGCCGCCAUACUUCACUUCGCAUCCUUCUCGCAAUCGCCGCCAUGAAGAAGAAAAAGUUGCGACAGAUUGAUGUCGCAAACGCAUUUCUCUACGCACCUGUUGACGCAGAGAUCUUUGUGGAACUACCACACGGCUCCAGCACGAACUCCACGCACGUUUGCCAGCUGCUAAAAUCACUCUACGGGAUCAAACAGGCUCCACGACUAUGGCAACAGUAUCUGCACGCACGUCUCAUCCGCAUCGGCUUUAAGCAACUCCCGCACGACCAGGGCAUGUACCGGCUUACGAAGAACAACGACUACGUCUUACUAAUCGUCUAUGUAGACGACCUCCUCUACAUCGGCUCGACCGACGACAUCACCACCUGGUUCGAAGGGGAGCUACAGCAAGAUCUCACGCUCACAGUUUCAUCUACCGUCACACAGUAUCUUGGGCUCAACAUCCGAGAAGAAGAAGACGCGAUCUACCUCAGCGCCGCAAAAUACGCCGACACUAUCGCCAAGCGUUUCGCCUUCACACCGACCGCGAUCUCCACGCCAUACCGUUACACGACAGGAGCCGACAAGGGAGGAUCUACUCUACUGAAGCCCGCCGGCAUACGUGAUUAUCAGAGAAAGUUGGGCUGUCUUCUCUUCGCAGCUGUCACCUGCCGCCCCGACCUCUCAUACUCCGCAAGCCAGCUCGCUACCUACCUCAAAAGGCCUGAAACAGAACACCUGGCGGAGCUCGACCGCGCUCUUCACUACUUCGUCAGCACUCCAACGAUCGGCUUAACGUAUCACAAGAACGCAACUACACCAACCAAGCUAAUCGGCUAUGUCGAUGCCGAUCACGCCGGCGAUUCCGACAAUAGGCUUUCCCGCACCGGCUACAUCUACCGACUCGAGCCUAUCGGUCCUAUCUCCUGGCAGUCGAGUAAGCAAGAACUAAUCGCCCUCUCAUCAGCUGAAGCAGAAUAUAUCGCACUCUGCUCAGCCACCAAGGAAGGACUUUACCUUCGCGAACUGCUGGAAGAAGCGAAGUUAGCCGAGUUACCCAACUUCACCCUGUUCUGCGACAACCAGUCUGCAAUUCGCAUCGCCAACAAAAGUGGCUUCGCGAACAGAACGAAACAUAUCGCCCUGCGAUAUUUCUUCGUGAAAGACGAGAUCGAGAAGGGGAGACUUGAACUAUCCUACUGUCCCACGUCCGAGAUGGCAGCCGACUAUUUGACCAAGAAGCUCGGAAAGCAGAAGUUCGAGUACUGCAUGCUGCUGACUGGACAAGGCCACGUCAUCAGCAGCGACACUCCAGAAGCGAAGGGGAGUGUUGGAAACAAGUAA